AUGGCGUCCCCGGCGCUGGCGGCGGCGCUGGCGGUGGCGGCGGCGGCGGGCCCCAACGCUAGCGGCGCGGGCGCCAACGCCUCGGGGGCUGCCUGGGGGCCGCCGCGCGGCCAGUACUCGGCGGGCGCGGUGGCGGGGCUGGCGGCCGUGGUGGGCUUCCUCAUCGUCUUCACUGUGGUCGGCAACGUGCUGGUGGUGAUCGCCGUGCUGACCAGCCGGGCGCUGCGCGCGCCACAGAACCUGUUCCUGGUGUCGCUGGCCUCGGCCGACAUCCUGGUGGCCACGCUGGUCAUGCCCUUCUCGCUGGCCAACGAGCUCAUGGCCUACUGGUACUUCGGGCAGGUGUGGUGCGGCGUGUACCUGGCGCUCGACGUGCUGUUCUGCACCUCGUCGAUCGUGCACCUGUGCGCCAUCAGCCUGGACCGCUACUGGUCGGUGACGCAGGCCGUCGAGUACAACCUGAAGCGCACGCCGCGCCGCGUCAAGGCCACCAUCGUGGCCGUGUGGCUCAUCUCGGCCGUCAUCUCCUUCCCGCCGCUGGUCUCGCUCUACCGCCAGCCCGAGGGCGCCGCCUACCCGCAGUGCGGCCUCAACGACGAGACCUGGUACAUCCUGUCCUCCUGCAUCGGCUCCUUCUUCGCGCCCUGCCUCAUCAUGGGCCUGGUCUACGCGCGCAUCUACCGCGUGGCCAAGCUGCGCACGCGCACGCUCAGCGAGAAGCGCGCGCCCGCGGGCCCCGACGGGGCGUCCCCGACCACGGAGAACGGGCUGGGCGCGGCGGCGCGGCGGCGGCGGGCGCGGGCGAGAACGGGCACUGCGCGCCCCCGCGCGCCGACGUGGAGCCGGACGAGAGCAGCGCGGCGGCCGAGAGGCGGCGGCGCCGGGGCGCGCUGCGGCNNNNGGGGCGCGGGCGGCGGCGCCGACGGGCAGGCGGCGGGGCCGGGGGCGGCGGCGGAGCCGGGGGCGCUGACCGCCUCCAGGUCCCCGGGCCCCGGCGGCCGCCUGUCGCGCGCCAGCUCGCGCUCCGUCGAGUUCUUCCUGUCCCGCCGGCGCCGGGCGCGCAGCAGCGUGUGCCGCCGCAAGGUGGCCCAGGCGCGCGAGAAGCGCUUCACCUUCGUGCUGGCCGUGGUCAUGGGCGUGUUCGUGCUCUGCUGGUUCCCCUUCUUCUUCAGCUACAGUCUGUACGGCAUCUGCCGCGAGGCCUGCCAGGUGCCCGACCCGCUCUUCAAGUUCUUCUUCUGGAUCGGCUACUGCAACAGCUCGCUCAACCCGGUCAUCUACACGGUCUUCAACCAGGACUUCCGGCGGUCCUUCAAGCACAUCCUCUUCCGACGGAGGAGAAGGGGCUUCAGGCAGUGACUGGGUCACGCCCGCCUGGCCCGGGGAUCCUGGACAGCUAGCGCCACGCGCUCGGGGCCGGGCGGAAGGGAAGGGACCGCCGGGCGGGGAGCUUUCCCACUGCGCCCGGGAUGGGUAGGCCUCCAGGGCGCAGGGGAGGGUGCGCCAGGGCAGGAGCGUGGCGGAGAGACAGCGGGCUCCGGGGAGCGGGGAGGAGAGAGGGGGAGACCCCUUUGCCUUCCCGCCUCAGCAUGGGGCCGCUUUUGGGGCUCCCUCCCUGGCUCCAACUCCGGGUAGCCUGCGGAGGUAUGGCUAUGAGGUCAGGGUUUUAGAGAGCAGCGGCAGAGGCAGCCCCCUAAAUGGGCGAGCAAGGAGCCCCCCAAACACACCACCACCACUCCCCAUCCCUGUCUGACCAAGGGCUGACUUCUCCAGGACCUAGUCGGGGGGUGGCUGCGGGGGGCAAGGAGAAAGCACCGACAAUCUUUGAUGACUGAAAGUAUUUGUUUGCCAAAAACAACAGCCAAAACAACCAAACUAUUUUCUAAAUAAACCUUUGUAAUCUAA